AUGGUAUUCUGUGACCAUUGUCAACGCUGGUAUCAUUUCGUGUGCGCCGGAGUAACAGAAGAAGUGAGAGAUGACUCUUGGUCAUGCGAAGAGUGCUUAGGGCAUGUAGACAGCGGUUCCAAAUCAAAACAUAUGUCACAGGAGUUAGAGAAACUCGAAAAAGAAAUGGAAGAAGAAAGACAGAGAUUGGAAUUGGAAAAGCUGCUGCACAAAAAGCGACUCGAGCAUCAAAGAGAGUUGUUCUUAAUGCGUCAACAGGCUGAACAAGAGAAGCGGGAGAUAGAGUUGGCAUAUGAGAAGGAGCAAAUGGAGUUGCAAGUAGCCAAGGAAGAAGCACACCGGAAGAAACGCAAUGAAGUACUUAACCGCAAGGUUAAGGAUGUGCGUGACAAGCUGGAGCAAGCGAAGCUGGAUUCGGAGAAGGAAAGUGAAAGUAAGAAGAAAGGAAAGUUGUGCCGAUCAGAAACGGGAACAGGAAAGCCGGAAAAGGAGAAGCCCGAGAAGCGUCAGUCGGGCAAAACAGGCCGGGAAAAAGCUGAACCGUCGAACGAAGAGCACAAGGAUUAUCGAGGAGCUUUCACCAAAUAUUCUACGCCAAAGGCAGCAAACGUUGAUCCUCUUGUAUUGCAUAAUUUUACUUCACCGCCGGUCCUGGGCGAAGGGAAAACGCCAUUGGGUCAUCCGGACCUGCCGAAGACGAAAAAGUUCGUAAAUUGCGAAGAGAAAAAGUGUGCAGAAUACGACGAUGGUAGCAGCUCGAGCGAAGAAGAGGGUUCUGAUGAGUCCGAUUCGGAACAAGUUAGUUCGUCGCAAGAGGAGGAGAAUUCCGGGGAAAAGUGA